AUGGCCGACCAACACGAGGUCGAUCUCGAUUCUAUAAUCGACCGUCUCCUCGAAGUCCGAGGCAGCCGUCCCGGAAAGCAAGUUCAGCUUCUCGAGUCUGAAAUCCGAUACCUCUGCACGAAGGCGCGCGAGAUCUUCAUUUCUCAGCCCAUUCUUCUCGAGCUUGAAGCUCCUAUCAAGAUCUGUGGUGAUAUCCACGGGCAAUACUAUGACUUGUUACGCCUAUUCGAAUACGGCGGAUUCCCUCCCGAGGCGAACUACCUCUUCCUCGGUGACUAUGUAGAUCGUGGCAAGCAGUCUCUCGAGACUAUUUGCCUUCUGUUGGCCUACAAGAUCAAGUACCCUGAGAACUUCUUCAUUCUCCGCGGAAACCACGAGUGUGCCUCUAUCAACCGCAUCUACGGUUUUUACGACGAGUGCAAGCGUCGGUACAAUAUCAAGCUUUGGAAGACCUUCACCGACUGCUUCAACUGUCUGCCCAUUGCAGCCAUCAUCGACGAGAAAAUCUUCACUAUGCACGGCGGUUUGAGUCCUGAUCUUAACUCUAUGGAGCAGAUCCGCCGAGUCAUGCGUCCCACCGAUAUUCCCGAUUGUGGCCUGCUUUGCGAUCUUCUCUGGUCAGAUCCUGACAAGGACAUCACGGGUUGGAGCGAAAACGACCGUGGUGUCUCGUUUACUUUUGGUCCCGACGUCGUCUCUCGAUUCCUCCAGAAGCACGACAUGGAUUUGAUUUGCCGAGCUCACCAGGUAGUCGAAGACGGUUACGAGUUCUUCUCCAAGCGCCAAUUGGUCACGCUGUUCAGCGCGCCCAACUACUGCGGCGAGUUUGACAAUGCCGGUGCUAUGAUGAGCGUCGAUGAGAGUCUGCUGUGUUCCUUCCAGAUUCUCAAACCGGCCGAGAAGAAGCAAAAGUACGUCAAUCGCGGCAUGUUGGGCAGCCCUGGACCCGCUACUCGAUCCAAGUAA